UUAAUCAAUUGCAUAUCUAAUUAACAAUACCUACUCGUCCAGUCACCUCUUUGUUUUGGUCUCUCAGUCUUCGUCUUUUUACUUAUUUUGCCCUGACAAAUAAUUUACUUUUAGGAACACACACAUAUCGUACAAUCAUUCGUGUAUAGUAACAGGUCAACACUCAUGUCUCCUCACGGGACUGAUUGUUAAUAUAAUCAGUAUAGAAUUUCUUACGAGAGAUUCUUAAUCUCCAUACAGUUUGAACGAACAGUUUUUAAUUUAUUUUUAAUUUAGUUUGUACUUUUUAAUUUUGGGUUUCAAAAGACUGGAGGAAUUCUUAAGAAUGGACGCAGAGGCAGAUGGAUUUGAAGUAAUAACUAAUCUAUAUUGAGAAGCAAGAAAACGGAAGAAGCGCGGUUUGUUUUGAAGGGUGAAAAUGAGAUCAAUUGUAUCCAGUUCGAGUUCAGAUCAGAGUCAUGGUAGGAGUCGCAACCAUCUUUAUCUGAAUAUCUAUGACCUCACCCCUUUGAACAAUUACAUGUACUGGUUCGGAGUGGGAAUUUAUCAUUCUGGGAUUGAAGCUUAUGGUGUGGAAUAUGCCUUUGGAGCACAUGAUUAUCCUACAAGUGGAGUAUUUGAGGUUGAACCCAAGAGUUGUCCAGGCUUUCUUUUCCGGCGCUCAAUUUCAUUGGGCACCACUGAUAUGUCCUCUUCUGAAUUUCGACAAUUCAUAGAACAUAUGGCAGGAAGUUACAAUGGUGAUUCCUAUCAUCUUAUUGCAAAGAAUUGUAAUCAUUUUACAAAUGAUGUCUGCAUGCGGCUGACAGCGAAGUGUAUACCUGGGUGGGUGAACCGACUUGCAAGAAUAGGCUCGUUCUGCAACUGUUUGCUUCCAGAAAGUAUUCAGGUUACAGCUGUACAGCAUAUACCAGAUUAUCAAGAGCUUUCGGAUCAAGGCAUUUCAGAAGACGAGUCAGAGAGCCGGUCUACUCAGGGUUUUGUAGAGAGUGAUGGAGAGCAAGAUCAUCAAUUGUUAAUUUCCAACACUGCAGAGGGUCUUUCAUUCACGAAUCAUAUCAAGGAAGUGUUGUAAAUUAUAUGUGGCUUUAUGAUUCACUAUGGAAGACUGUAAAUUUCAUUGUUUGAUAAUAUUUCUCUAUACAACCUGCUUGAUUUUUUCCAUGUUGACAUCAAAGAAUGUAAAUUAUUAAAUUAUGGAGCCCUAUUUACAUUAGAGCUUUUUAAUUGGGGUCAAGAUAAACAGUGAUUUAUCUUCUUACAUGUUUUUGACAAUGUGAUUAUUUGUUCUAAGAAUUUUUAAUCAAGUUGAGCUUUCUUUGUGGUUGUA